AUGUCCAACAUCACCCUUACCAGCUCCGAUGGCGUCGACGUUACUGUCGAACGCACUGUCGCUGAACGCUCCGUCUUGAUCAAGAACAUGCUCGAGGAUCUUGGUGACUCUGGCGAGGCUAUCCCCAUCCCUAACGUCAACGAGGCCGUCCUCAAGAAGGUCAUCGAGUGGUGCGACCACCACAAGAACGACCCCCCCAGCGCUAACGAUGAUGACGACAACCGUCGCAAGACUACCGACAUCGAUGAGUGGGACCAGAAGUUCAUGCAGGUUGACCAGGAGAUGCUGUUCGAGGUUAUUCUGGCUGCCAACUACCUCGACAUCAAGGCUCUGCUCGAUGUCGGCUGCAAGACUGUCGCCAACAUGAUCAAGGGCAAGUCCCCCGAGGAGAUCCGCAAGACCUUCAACAUCCAGAACGACUUCACUCCUGAGGAGGAAGACCAGAUCCGCCGCGAGAACGAGUGGGCUGAGGACCGCUAA